AUCAAAUAAUUUACGAUGGUGCGGCGGAUUACAAAGCAGCGUGGGAGAUGGCAGGUUUACUGUCAGGAUUGGCAAGAGGCAUGCGAAAGAAGCGCAGUUCAGCAUUACAAAUUCUCACUUCGAAGAAGGGCCCCAUUGGCUACUAUAAAGGCAAAAACUGCAAAUCUACCGGCUUCCAUACUAGAAAAGGUGGAUAUGUGUUGAUGGAAGAAAAAUUGCCACAUUAUAUUGUUCCUGAUUUAACUGGGUUUAAGUUGAAACCUUAUGUGGCACAUACUGUCCACGCCCAAGCUGCAACUGAGGCUGCGAAUCCUAAGCAUUCUGCAUCUGCAAUAUCAGAUUCAUAAAUUAGUCUCCAUCUUAUCUUAGUAUGCCAAAGUGUCAGUGACUGUAAUUUACUUGAAAAUCCAGGGAACGUUUUGAGCAGUGAUUACUGUCACGUUAUGUACUGGCAUAAAUGCUCAACAUAUGUGGAACUUUGAUUACUAGUUUCACUUGCAUUUUACUGAUAGGGUGUUAAAUUGAUUUUUCUUUCUGUUUUGGCUUGUUUCAAACAUGCAGUUGUCUAAAACAACUAAAGAAGAGAGGGUGAAUGAUGGGUAAGCUUCUGGUAUACAUUCAUAUAAAAUAUGGCCAUCAAAAUUUAAAUGGCUUUUUUUAUUCUAAUUUUAUUGGAAUUUGGCUAUAAGGCUUGGUGCCUUGAGUCAUUUGGAAACCUUUCAAUACA